UUUCCUCUGCUCUAGUUACCACGUGAGGCCCUUUGCACCAGCCCUGGUGGAGUGAGAAGCGGGUUUAGGAACCCAGUCGCUGAAUUUAAGGGGAGGGGGGCUUCUCCGUACUUACGGGAGUACGGCCCCAGCUAGCUUGCGGGGCUACGCUUGAAAAGUUUUCUGGCGAGAAGGGGUGGAGUGACGCGUGGGCGUGGAACAGACCUGGGGGCCACCGGACCAGGGGGCCACCCUCCAGCCCUCCCCAGCUUCCUAUCCCGAGCCCACCCCUUGUCCCCGUCUCGGGCCACACUCUCUGCACAACGCAGCUAGGUGGAGAGCGGGGGAGUUGAAAGCAGACAGACCCGGGAAUGGGAGGAAAAGAGGGGAUGCCAGGGACGCCCCGGGAGUGAUGAGGGGAGAAGAGUGCAGGGGUCACCGAGAGAAGCGAGAUCAGGAGGGAGACCAGUCAGUGGUGGCCCCACGGGGGUCUCGGGGCUCCUGGGUUCCCUAACCAAGCCCCCUCAGAGCCAACCCGGAGAAAACACAAACGCCCUGCCAGGCCAGCGCAGCUGCUGGACACGGCCCUCGGCGCCGCUCCAACCAGACCGCCACCGCUAAGCCCCUCCUUUCAAGAAACUCUGGGGCCGCCCCUGGAAGUGGCGGGGCGGAGGGACCCGAGGAGCGGCGCUUGGCGGCGAUGGAGCCCAGCGGCCCGGGCACGGGGACCGGCGUGGAAGGCGCGGCGGGCGACCCGUACCAGCGACCAGCGCGGCGCACACAGUGGCUGCUGAGCGCCCUGGCGCACCACUACGGGCUGGACCGAGGCGUGGAGAACGAGAUCGUGGUGCUGGCCACGGGCCUGGACCAGUAUCUACAGGAGGUCUUCCACCACCUGGACUGCCGAGGCGCCGGCCGCCUGCCCCGCGCCGACUUCCGCGCGCUCUGCGCGGUGCUGGGGCUGCGCGCCGAGGAGGCUGCCGCCACCUGGGAGGCUGCCGGGGAUACAGCCGCGGGAGACACGAAUUCCGGGGAUGUGAUCGCUGGGGUGGCCACCGAUGGGGACGCGGAUGCGGAGGAGGAAGCGCGCCUGGCACUGCGCGCCGAGCCGCCUGAGCUCACCUUCCGCCAGUUCCACGCGCGCCUCUGCGGCUACUUUGGCACCCGCGCCGGGCCCCGUCUGCCCCGCGGCGCUCUCAGCGAGCACAUCGAGACGCAGAUCCGCCUGCGCCGUCCGCGCCGCCGCCGCCGAGCGCCCCAUACGCCCGGCUCCGACGGCGGCCCGGACAGCGAACGCCUGGCGCGCUUGGAGGAAGAAAACAGCAGCCUGCGUGAGCUGGUGGAGGACCUGCGGGCCGCGCUGCAGAGCAGUGACGCGCGCUGCCUAGCACUGCAGGUCGGCCUCUGGAAGAGCCAGGCGGGCGCCCAGGAGGCGGCGCACGGCGGGCCCGAGGCGGCGGCGGCGCGGGAGCUGCGGCAGGCGCGGGGCGCGCUGACGGCAGCCGAGGCCCGCACGGGGCGCCUGCGCCGGGGCCAGGCCGAGGUGCGGCGGCGCGCGGAGGAGGCCCGGCAGGCAGUGCUGCGCAGCCUGGCGCGCGUGCGCGAGCUCGAGGCGCUGGCGCGGCAGGUGCCCGGCCUGCAGCGCUGGGUGCGGCGGCUGGAGGGCGAGCUGCGGCGCUACAGGUCGGAGGACAGCCACCUCCCAACCUCACCACGAGCCAGCCCAGAGCCACAAGCCAAGAGUGGUGAACCUGAGGAUGGUGGGACCAGAGGCCCAGACCUCCCUCCAGAGGGAGCCUGGGGCUCCGACAGCAGCUCGGGGAGCAGACCCCUGCACGAAGCCCGUGCUUCUCCAGCAGUGGACGAGCAGCUGUUCCGCUCGGUCGAGGGCCAGGCCGCCUCCGACGAGGAGGACAACAGUGAGAAGUGGCAGCAGGAGCAGGGGCCACCGGCUGAGGUCAAGGCCCUGCUGGCCGGCCUCUCCAGCUGCGGGCGUGGGUGCGUGUGCCGGUGUGAUGACCAGACGGCCAAGAAGCUCGUGACCUACUUCACCCACUUUGGCAGUGCCGACCAUGCCCGUGCCCUGGGGGAGCUGGAGCAGCUGGGGACCCAGGGCUGCAGUGGGAAGACCCUGGGGACACCAGGGGAGGAGGCAGAGCUGCAGCAGAAGGUGGACGAGAAUGAGCACCUGAGGCUGGAGCUGCAGAUGGUGGAGACAGAGAGGGUGCGGCUGUCCCUGCUGGAGGAGAAGCUGGAGGACGUGCUGCGGCUCCUGCAGAGGCUCCGGGACCUGAACAUAUCGAAAAGAGCCCUGGGGAAGAUCUUGCUGAGCACACUGGACGCUUGCAGGGACCCUGCACAUGAGGGGACGUCUGGCCCCUCAGCCAUGCUGGAUGCCCUGCACCGAGCUCUGGCUGGCUGUGAGCUCCUGCGUAGAGAGCCCUUGGCACCAGCCUCUGCAGCUCCAGCACUCAGCAACUCCCUCCUCAUCUCCUGCUGAGGUUGCUAGCCCAGUCUGUGGGCCCCCUGGGCAGCCUGGCCACCACCAGACCAGCCUCGAGGAACAGCCUGGCCACAUCCUCGGAACCCUGGAGGUGCAGGCUCCUUCUGAGACUGGCCCCAGUUCAGAGCCCGGCAGCCAUCCCUUCCUUGGGUUCCUCCCAGAUUCCCUAGCAGCCCCUGCAUUCCUGCUGCCAGGGUCCACACUGCCCUAAGGUUGCUGGAUCAGCCUGUACCUGCUGCAGUCUCCCCUGCCCUUGGAGUGGAGCUGUACACUCUUCUGCCCGGUCCAGUCCAGAAUCUCUUCCCUGGGUUCCCAGGGUCUCCUCCCCUUCCUCCCCACAGCAUGCCUGCUGCAGGGACUCUGUGUCCCCCGGUCCACCGGGGAAACUACUCAUGCCUCAGGAAUUGUGGAAGGCCAGGCAGGGCUGGGGGAACUCCAAGGCGGGCAGCGUGAUCACUGCAGGCUUCCUGGUGGAGCUGGCCUUGAACUAGCUCUAGAAGAGGGAUAGGAUUUAGAUAGGCAGAGAGGAGGGAAGGGCAUUUCAUGUGAGGUAACAGUGAGAGCAAAAGUGCGGUGCCAGAAAGGGCCCCCAUUAGUACAGAACCCAGAGCCCCUCUUUCCUGAGCACACAGUAGGUACCAGGCCUCAUGGGGUCACAGGAAGGAGGAGGCCAAGCUGCCUGGCCUCAUCUACCUUAAACUCUCAUAGGAGAGAAAGAUACAAUGGCAAGUCGUGCAACGUGGGUGAAAUCCGGGCUACCCUGAGGUAGAAGAGAGGGUUGUUAAUUAAAACUGCAAACCCCAAAGCUAUGUAAGAAUGUGAAGGCAUAUGUGAAUAUACGAACAUUAGAAUUUUUGUGUAUACAAAAAACUCCACAAAUAAAGUCGAUUAUCAAAGGUAAUGG